AUGGUGAUCAAAGGCAGCCUUCCCAUCGCCGACUCCCCCACUUCUUCAACCCUCUCUGGCCCUAGGGACUUGGCAGAAUGGCAGCAGCGUCAGAUGGACGUCAGCAACGCCGCUAAUUCCGCUGAAGGGGGGUCCGGCACCAACCCCUUCCUGAGCAUGCUCGCAGGGGGGGCUCUCCAGACAGGCUACCAGCUCCCCCCCAUGACGCUCACAGAAAACAGCUCCUGGACGUACAAAGAAUCCAGCAGCCCCUGCUUGGACUUCUUUUUCCAGGUCGUGGCAAGCACCCCCCCGGACAGAUUGCGCCGGCUGCUGGAGGCAGCGUGGAAGGAAGACUCCCUGCUAGCGCUGAAGCUGCUUUUCCAUCUCAGGGGGGUCAGAGGGACUGGGAAAUCUGAAAAGGGGGGGUUCUAUACUGGAGUGACGUGGCUGGCGGAGAAGCACCCAGGGACACUGCUGACCAACCUGAAGCAGGUCGGCGUGUUUGGGUACUACAAGGACCUGCUCGAAAUCGUGCUCAAAGUCCUGGAGGGUCCCGAGGGGACGGCCAAGCGCGCGCAGGAGAAGAAGCGCCACGACGCGGCCGUUCGAGCGGGCAAAGCGCGUGCGGAAGAAAAGAAGAGCAUCCAGGAACUUAAGGAGGCGGGGAUCUUUACUUUUCAAAGAGGCGCGCGCGGCCGGGGCGGGGGCGGAUUCAGGCGCUUUUUGGGGGGGCGGCCUGUGAUCGUCAGCGAACGCUACAAAAAGGGGGAGGCUGCUCGGAUCGCGAAACGGCAGGGAACGCUGCGGCCGCGAGAGGAGCGGGUUGCGCUGCAACUAGAGAAGGACCGCGCGAAGAGCGAGAAGGCGCGCGCGGAGCGCAAGGAGCGCGAGUACGAGCUCGCGGCGCGCGCGGUGCGCGCGUACGCGUACAACGGGAGCUACCGCGCGCUGCACGACGCGGUGGCGGGCGUGUUCGCGGAGCAGCUCGCGCGCGACGUGGCGAGCCUGCGCGCGGGGCGCACGUAUGACGUCAGCCUGGCGGGGAAGUGGGCGCCGAGCUUGGACAAGAGCUACGACCGCGCGACGCUCCUCUGCGAGGCGAUCGCGCGGCGGAUGUUCCCGCGCGCGCCCGGGGAGGGGGCGCUCUCCGAGGCGGAGUACGUCAGCCGCGCGCGCGACAAGCUGCGGCGCGAGGUGCUGACGCCGCUGCGCGCGGCGCUGGAGGUGCCCGAGGUGUACAUGUGCGCGCGCAGGUGGCACGAGCUGAAGUACGCGCGCGUGCCAAGCGUGUGCAUGAAGAUGAACCAGGAGCUGUUCCUGAAGCACGACAAGGAGCGCUUCGAGGCGUUUCUGGCUGACGUCGAGGCGGGAAAAGCGAAGAUCGCGGCGGGGGCAGUUCUGCCGCACGAGGUUCUGCAAGAAGCGGUGACUGGCGAGGGGGGUGCGGGAAGGGUUGCCGAGCAGCAGUGGGCGCGCAUCGUGAGCGAUCUGAAGCAGAAGGGCAGCCUGACGAACUGCAUGGCGGGGUGUGACGUCAGCGGGUCGAUGGACGGGACGCCGAUGCAGGUGGCGAUCGCGCUCGGGCUGCUGGUCUCCGAAAUGGCGGACGCGCCGUGGGGGGGCGAGCUGAUCACGUUCAGCGAGAACCCGCAGAUGCACGAGAUCCCCCCGGGAACGCUAAAACAAAAAUACAGCUUCGUUGAGAAAAUGGAGUGGGGGGAUAACACGGACUUCCAGAAGAUCUUCGACAACAUGCUGGCGCUCGCCAAGGCGACACAUCUCCCCCCCGAGUCGAUGGUGCGCCGGCUGUACGUGUUCAGCGACAUGGAGUUUGAUGAGGCGUGCUCGCGGCCGUACCAGACGGACUACAUGGAACUCGAGCGCAAGUUUGCGGAGGGGGGGUACGGCGCCCCCCCCGAAAUCGUGUUUUGGAACCUGCGGGAUUCCGGAAGCGUUCCCGUUGUGGCGACGCAGAAGGGGGUCGCCAUGGUGUCAGGCUUUUCAAAGAACAUCUUGAAGCUGUUUCUGGACAAUGAUGGGGAGAUUGAUCCGAUGAUGAUUGUGCACAAGGCAGUUGCGGGGCCGGAAUAUCAAAAGCUGAUCGUGGUCGACUAAAUCUUGUGAAGGCAGUCACAUAAGCUUAGAC